GCUGGGCGCGCGGCUGGGUGGGACUUUUCUCGCGCUGCUCCGCUGGGCGUUCUGUUAUGGCGCGGAAGUCGAAUCUGCCUUUGCGUCUCCUUCCGUUGGUGCUGGGCAUCGCCCUGGCGCAGAGCUCCAGCCUUCUGCCCCUGGUCCUCAACACUUGGCCUUUUACGAAUGCAACGGCUGAAGCAUGGCGGACAUUAGAGUCUGGAGGUUCUGCCCUGGAUGCGGUUGAGAAUGGCUGUGCAGUGUGUGAGAGGGAGCAGUGCGAUGGCACAGUAGGCUAUGGAGGAAGUCCCGAUGAACUUGGGGAAACCACCCUGGAUGCCAUGAUCAUGGAUGGCACUGCUAUGGAUGUGGGAGCAGUAGGAGACCUCAGAAGAAUUAAAAAUGCAAUUGGAGUGGCUCGGAAAGUCCUGGAGCAUACAACACACACGCUUUUAGUAGGGGAGUCAGCCACCAAGUUUGCUGAAAGUAUGGGUUUUACCAGUGAGAAUUUAUCUACCAGUGCCUCAAAAGCUCUUCAUUCAGACUGGCUUGCUCGGAAUUGCCAGCCAAAUUAUUGGAGAAAAGUUAUACCAGAUCCUUCAAAAUACUGUGGACCCUACAAACCAUCUGGUGUCUUAGAGAAGGGCAGUCCUGUUGAAAAAGAAGUGGAUAUCCAUGGUCAUGAUACUAUUGGUGUGGUUGUAAUCCAUAAGACGGGACAUACCGCUGCGGGCACAUCUACAAAUGGUUUAAAAUUCAAAAUACCUGGUCGUGUAGGAGACUCACCGGUACCUGGAGCUGGGGCCUAUGCUGAUGACAUGGCUGGGGCAGCUGCAGCCACAGGGGAUGGCGACAUACUCCUGCGCUUCCUGCCUAGCUACCAAGCUGUAGAAUAUAUGAGAAGAGGAGACGACCCAUUCACAGCUUGCCAGAAAGUGAUUUUAAGAAUUCAGAAGUAUUAUCCGGAAUUCUUUGGGGCUGUGAUAUGUGCCAAUGUGACAGGAAGUUUUGGUGCUGCUUGCAACAAACUUCCAACAUUUACUCAAUUUCAUUUCAUGGUUUAUAAUUCUCUACAAAGUCAGCCAACUGAAGAAAAAGUAGACUGCAUCUAAUCCCUUUUGUCCGUUAGCAUGUGCGUUUAAAGAGGAAAGAAAGUAGGGCUGGGAAAGUUGCUCGCCGACAUCAUGUAGUGGUCUUCAUUUAUUUCAAGUUCUUGUGUGAGUUAAGCGCAAAAAUAAAUUAUGCUGCAGUGACAUUUCAGUACCUAAAUUUUUACUUAUUUAUUUUUAUUUAAGGUCUGUUUCCCACUUGCAAAUGAACAUGCAUAUUGUAUGAUGUAUUUUUGAAGCUUUAAGAGAUAUUUGGAUUUCUAAUCAUUGUGGCAAGAAAGGUCUAUAGUGAGGACUUAUUUUCACAAUGCUGUAGUAAUACAAUAUCUGUAUUUGAGUACUCAGAGUACACAGGCAUGCCUGGUCCAGGGACAUACUAACGCUAUCUCAGAGGAUUCGACCAAUUGAAUUUCUGAUGUUAUACUGAUAUGUCCCUUACGGGUGACCAUUUUGGUUUUACCUAAUGUUCUUUAAUAGCUUUAAGCAGGAAUAAUGCUAUUAAAAUAUAUGGUUUUUAUUCUAUAUAUUAUGAAAAGCUGAUAAGUGUUACUUGAUUUUCUUUGGAUUUCUCGUUGAUGGAGUACUCAGUAGGGGAAAGUUACUAUUCCAUAGAAAUCUCUGAUCUUUGGACAACUAAUAUUCAGUAUAGAUCAUUUCUUUUGAAUUCACAUAAGGAAUUCUUUUUUAUAAUUUUACUAAUCUCUUGCACCAAGGUAGGGGUUGCAUUAGAAAAUGUCAAUAAGUAUAUUGUCUAGCUUGGCAUUGUUUCCAAAUUUCUGUAUCAUCUAUCCAUGACUGACAAGUACAGACACACCAUACGUCUGAUUUCUCAAACUUAUUUUUUACUCCAAAAUCGUCAUUGCUUUAAUCUAUAGUCAUUAAUAAGAUGGAUGUAUUAUAUUGUUGUCAAUACUGUUAGUACUGUUUUUUUUGUUUUCUUUAUUUUGUUCUUUAUUAUUAUUAUUAUUACAAAUUUUCACCUCCUCCCCUCCUCCCAUUUUCCUCCCCCUCUUCCCUCCUCCUCCUCCCUCCCCAUCCCUCUCCAGUCCAAAGAGCAAUCAGGGUUUCCUGCUCUGUGGGAAGUCCAAGGUCCUUCCCCCUUCAUCCAGGACUAGGAAGGUGAGCAUCCAAACAGACUAGGCUCCCUCAAAGUCAGUACAUGCAGUAGAAUCAAAACCCAGUGCCACUGUCCUUGGCUUCUCAGUCAGCCCUCAUUGUCCACCACUUUCAGAGAGUCCAGUUUGAUCACAUCCUCCAUCAGUUGCAGUCCAGCUGGCCUUGGUGAGCUCCCAUUAGAUCAGCCCCAUUAUCACAGUGGGUGGGCGCACCCCUCGCGGUCCUGACUUCCUUGUUCAUGUUUUUUUAAUACACACAAGUAUUUGUUACCUUUUGAAAAUAACCCAUGAUAUUUGUUCUCAGGCAAUCCUACCUAUCCCAAUUACUUGGGAAGCGACUUUCAAAAUGUCUGCUACCAGCACAGAGUUUAGAGUACUUAAAUUUGAACCCAGUUUAAUAAGAAUGCUUAAACUACUUGAAAUACUAAAUAGUUUUAGCCCAGUUUAGUAAUGGUCCUUUACAAAGGAAGUGUUUGAUGUCAGAAAGAGGAAAUACCUAGAUUAUUUCCCCGAAGGAUUCAUAUGAACACUACUCAAGAGUAUAUGUCUAAGGCAACAGGCAAUGAGAAAACUAUUAACCUCAGUCUGUUCUAAAAAUGUUGAUAAUUUCACAUUCUUCACAUAUUUGCACUGACUCAUACUGGGAUAAUUUUCUAUGACUAUUUCACUAAUGACUUCUUAUAUGUUGAUUCUUAUUUCUGUUAGCCACGGUAUAAGUCCCGCCGAGUCCUUUCCACGAACCAUUGCCAACUCCACAUUCCUGCGUGUGGUAGUGUUGCUCUUGCUUCCUCUGAUCUACUACAAGCGGCUGAGUGGUUCUGGAAAUGCAUUUUGAGUGAAUUUGGAGUGUGAGACCUUCCCAGAUUUUUUUUUUUUUUUUGUAUUUUGUCAAGCAUGGCAACAUGCUGAUUGCUGCUCCCAACUGCUUGUGUCCUUGAAAAUUAUAAUGAGCAGACAUCCCUGACAGUACCCAGUGGAAAUAAAUUAUGAUUCAGUAUAGACUAUCCUAACUAAUAUAUAAAAUACACCAAUCAGGUAAAGAGUUUUGUGAACACUUCUAAAACAAUAUGAUUAUUUAAAAACCUCAAAAUGAAUUUCUUUUCCUGCUUAGACAAAGAUAACCAGGAAGACGGUGAUAAAAUAUUCAUUCUAAAAAUGUUUUUAAAGUGUUGGGGAUAGUUCCAGAUGAUGUUUUCCUAAGGAAUCUCUCAUAUUUUUUUUUUCAAAGAAGCCUAUACACCUGUAUUUAGUGAUUCCUGACAAUGUAGGGGGGAAAAAAGCAUUCACACCAGCAUGGUACUGCCGUGUAUUCAGGAACUGUUUUUAAGGAUGUUCCUAGAGCAGAAAUCUUACAAGACUGAGAAGUUCCCCCCACCCCACCCCCCGCGCGAGAGGGCACAUUUGUUUGUGUCUAAUACUGUUCUGUUUCUCUGUGAGGAAAAUGGCAGGUGGCUUUGUUUGCAGCCCCUAAUAAAAGACUGAGAUUUCCCAAGACCAUGUGUCAUGCUCACGUUGUAGACUCUUUCUGGAAUAAACACUCGGGCACCAGGGAGAGGAGGUGCCACAGGUGGAUCAAAGCCAGGCUAGCUCCCAAAGGCACUCCAUCCCUGGUCCUGUUUGUCUCUCAUUUGAUCCUCUAAAACCAUGGGGUGGGGCGAGCAAGCAAGCUCUUUGUCUCAGACGUGCCUUCCAUUCUGUC